AUGGGUCAGGUUUCCGCAGCUAAAUUCUUGGGUGGUAUUCUUCUAGUAGCCAUUCCUUUGGUUGGCACUUCUUACUUUGCCAGACCUACUUUCGCCAACGCUAUCAACAGUAAGCUUGUUCAGGAGGAUAUCGAGAAGAACAGGAAGCACAAUUAUAGCUCUGAUGGCUACAAUCCCUCUAAAUCUCAGGAUGAAAUUAUCAAAAGGUACAUGAAGUCAGGAUCAGGAAAGGCCAGAGAUUUCAAGCCAACCACCAACUAA